CUCUUCGCUGUCGCCCUCGUUUCCCUUCGCCUAGCAGAACCAAAAAGCCAUGCUUCCUCGACACCUCCAGAGUCUGGCCGCGCGCACUGCUCUUCGACAGCGAGCAGUAGCAGCGUCGACCCGGCGAGCGGCUCUCCCAUACCCUCCGGCGUUCCGGAUACCUCAGACGUGUGUAUCCUCUGCUGGCUUCCACACCUCAUCGCGUCGCCAAAGCGAAGCUCCAAAAUCCCCGUUCCAAACUUUCGUCGAGGUUCUGCGAGAUGAGUUGAAGAAAAACAGGGAGCUCCAGGACAAUGUCAAGCAGCUGCAGGGCGACGUGGAGAAGUUCCAGGAUUCCGAAGCGAUGAGGAAGGCCCGGGAGGCUUAUGAGCGAGCCAGGCUGACCUCGAGUAUCAAAGAAAACCCGAAACUUCGAGCGGCUGCUGAGGAGUUGAAGAAGGCCGGUAUCAAGGUCGGAGAUGCUGUGGGCGAAGCUUUGAAGACUAUGGAGGAGAGCGAAAUCAUGCGCACCAUUUCGCGUGCCACCGCUGCCGUGUCAACGACCAUUGACAAGUCCACUGAGCCAAUACGAAAGACCGCCGCUUACAAGGCUCUUUCUGACACUCUUAUUGAUGCUCUGGACGACAGUGGUAGUGCGAAGCAUGCUGGUUUCGAAGAACGAGAAGCUCGGCGUCUACGUCGCCAGAAGCGCUUGGAGAAAGCCGGUCUUGCCCGUGGACGUUCUGGGUUCACACCCGCCAAUCCAGAGGCCGGUUCAUCUCUUGUCGUCCACAAGGAUUCUCCUCGUCAGGAAGCAUGGAACAAGCUGAAGGAGACGAACCCCAUCCUCCGCUCGUUCGUUCAGAUGCGACAAGCAUACGAUGAAUCCGAACACCCUGUCGUUUCCAGUAUGCGAUCGGUGACGGAGACCAUCGGGUCUUGGUUUGACGAAAACGAGACGGCGCAAGUUACGCGACUCAUGAAGGCUAUGGACCCGACCUUCAACCGGGAAAGCUUCGAACGGGAGCUUCGGGAAUACAUUGUUCCUGAAGUAGUCGAUGCAUAUUUGUCUGCUGACCAGGAGGCUUUGAGACAGUGGUGUGGUGAAGCGACUUACAACGUUCUCUGGGCAACUAUGGAGCAAUAUCUCAAGCAAGGCUUCAUCAGCGACAGCAAGGUUUUGGAUAUCCGACAAGUUGACGUAAUGGAUGCUAAAAUCUUAGAGAACGACGUCCCUGUCUUCAUUGUCAGCUUCGCCACCCAAGAAAUGCUGCUCUUCCGAAACGCCAAGUCUGGCGAGAUUGUUGUCGGUGCUGAGGAUCGUGUGGAGCAGUGUACAUAUGUUGCUGUCAUCACCCGUAUCCCUGAGGAACUCGAGAACGAGCUCACUGCUGGAUGGAAGGUCAUGGAGAUGGGACGGAGAAGUGCACGAGCAUAUCUCUAA